GUCAGACCAUACCCCCUGGGAACCCACCAUGUCAGACCAUACCCCCUGGGAACGCUCCAUGUCAGACCAUACCCCCUGGGAACCCCCCAUGUCAGACCAUACCCCCUGGGAACCCACCAUGUCAGACCAUACCCCCUGGGAACCCACCAUGUCAGACCAUACCCCCUGGGAACCCCCCAUGUCAGACCAUACCACCUGGGAACCCCCCAUGUCAGACCAUACCACCCUUCUUCUCCCAACCUCCAGUAGUUCCUUCCUACUCCACCCACAUUCAAAUCCAAACGAUAAAAUACUGCUCCUCUCCCUCUCCCAUCAUAAAAAGCUGCAACUCCCCACCUCCAAUGGUAAAAUCCUACCAUACACUUCCAACGGGUCCAUCUUGCGCCACUCCCACAAAAACUGUGCCCCUCUAUGCUUCCACAUUUCGGCCUGCGCCCCCCUACACCCCCCCACCUCAGGCCCAACACUGCAGCACUCAGGACAGGAGGGUGAUAGAGUGGGAGUGUAGAGGGGAGAGAAGGAUACUUCCACCGCCACCCCCGCCACCUCCCCCAUACACCCCACGCAAAGAGGGGGUGAGCUGCACCUCAGGCCCAGGCCACCGGGCGCCCCUACUCAGGCGAGCAAGUGAGAAGGAGAAGUCAGGGAGAUCAGGGUCACCUGUGCACUGUCCCCUAGCCUGUUCUCUGAAACACAGAGCUCAAACACCCCCGGAGGUCCCUCUGAAGGGGAACCAGGGGGACCAGGGUUCCUCGCCAACCAAGGCCAUCCCCAGACCCACCUGCCUGGGCCAGGCUCAGGCUCAGCUGGGGGCUCAGAUUGGUGCCCUCCAUAAGAUACUCUGCUCUGGGCCCAACACCCCCAACAGCCAGCACGCUUUCCCCCCCGGCCAGUACCCCUCCGGGGGCUGCUCUGGCUCUGGAGGGGGCUCCUCGGUCGGGCCCCUGACCUCCAUCCAGGCAGACACACUGAGGCAGGUGCAGGAAAUCCUGGGGGGGCUGGUGUCAGGGGCCAGGAGUAAACUGGAUCCCACCUGGGUGGCAGAGAAACUGAUGGGCCCCAACGGGCCCCUGCACGACAUCCGCAGCCUGCAGACCCAGCUGCACAGCCUGGAAGGGGUCUUGGAGACCAGCCAGAAUACCAUCAAGGUACUGCUGGACGUUAUUCAGGACCUGGAGAAGAAGGAGGCUGAGAGAGAUGGGAGACACUCCUACCGGACGGGUCAGGACAUAGAGAACUGUGGUACGUGUAGAGACUGUGCCUGCAUCAUAUACAGUGUGGAGCAUGACUUCCGACUGCAGGAGGGGGCAGUGACCCGCACGUGGAGGGUAGAGGACCCUCCAGAGGUUUCCCUCCUGCCCACUGUGACCCCUCAGCCCACCACGCCACACCGCCAGGAAACACCCCUGCCGGUGACACUGGCACGCCCCCCUCACAGCGGCAAGAAAAGCAGGAAGAAGUGCUUCUGGUUCUUGUGAACUUUAAACUUUGGAGGGAGGGUGGAAUAGGGAAGGACACAAUGAAUAAGGCCACUCCUUCUUAAGAUUGUGAAGGACGGAGAUGGAUACAGUACUUUACAUGCUUCCUCUAUAGACUGUGAGGGUCUGAAUGGUAGUGUGUGAAGUGUGCAGCCCUGAUGUGGAUGGAGAGAGAAACAAGUGUGAGAAGAAGCAGUAAACAAGAGAGUUUAAAAGAGAUAUAAAAGAGGUAUAAAAUAGAUAUAAAAUAUAAAUAAAAGAGGUAUAAAGAGAAAUCAAACAUAAAUAACAGAGGUAUAAAAGAAACAUAAAAGUAGUUAAAGGACCUGGAAGAACCGUGGUGUGUAGAUGAAUGGAAUCUGUGCUGUUCCUGGUGUUGGAACUGUAUAGAGUGAAGAGUGAAACAAACAUGCUUGUUGUAGUUGCACCUCAAUAAAUGCCUCUUCAGCAGCUGUGGUCAGUUUUAAGUGCAGGGUGGGAGGUACUGUAAAGGCAAUUGUUGAAGUGAAAGUGUAGAAGAUGAAAAUAAAGGGUAAGGACAAAAUGAAGGUUAAGGAAGUGAGGAGGUAUAAAAGGCUCGGGCAUGGUGGGAUUAAAAAAGAGCGGAAAAGAAUGAGUGUACAGAGAGAAGAGUGGAAGGAUCCAUCCACAUCAUCAAUGGACAAAUGAUGGUUAGAACACCAGCUUUUAUACCCUGAGACGUUUCAACCAAUCAAUUAUUAUGAUGACCCGUAUUCAAAACUUUUAAUAGAAUUGAUUAUACAAAAACCACACACAUACAUACAACAAGACAGGCUGAGAAAUGCACCAGGAGGAAAAGUGAGGGGGGAAAACAUAUUAAAUUGUACAUAAAACAGAGUUCUACUGGUUGAAUUGCUAUAUUUCAGAUACGGAUUACUGCUCUAUAAAGUAUUUUACAACAACUUG